GCCGCAAAAAAUGAUCCCCAGAAGACCGACAUCAAGUUCUGGGCUUCAGCGCUUUCCCAACCCUGGGAUCUCUGCCUCUUCGUCCACUCCUGCGCCCAAUGGUUUUCAACACGUCUCGUUCGGCCGUUACGGCAACUUGCGGAGCCCUCCGCCGAUGCAGCGCCGUCACGGAGUCGGUCGCGCGGCAGCUCGGGCAACCGGCGCGGCAACUGUCGACGUCUGCAUCGCGCAGCAGCGACGAAGUCCUUGAGACGCCCGCCGAGCAGCGAGAACGGCCACGAUGGUCUUACACGCCAGAGCGCAUGAAGGGCCCGGGCUUUUCGAUCAACGUGGUCAAGGAUCCCAGGCGGACGGUCUGGCACAACAACGAUGACCCGGCCAAACUCGAUGCCAUGUACAACCGCCUGUUGGGGUCGAAGGGGGAUAGGAUGUUGCCGGACGAGAUCAAAUGGCUUGCCAUCACACACAAGAGCUUCGACCAGGGGAGACGAGGGUUCAACACGAGGCUGGCCUACUUCGGGCGGUUGAUCGUCUCUCUUGAGACUACACGGCACAUCAUGGUCACUCCUGCUCCCGCCCAAGACUCGCCGACCCAGGACUCGUUCGGUCGCGAACCUUUCCAGCACAGUGCUCUCGCGAACGUCGACAAGCUCAGCUCAAAGCAACCGAUGGACGUGGUGUCGAAAGAGAAGCUCGCGAAAUUGGCAAUCGAAGUUGGGCUGCCAGAAGUUGUUAGGUGGAAGCCGAGAAUGCCCGAGAACCUCGAAGCAUCUGGCCUGACCGCAGUACUAAACACUGCCCUCUUCGCUAUUAUUGGUGCCAUCUCCUUACAACACGGUGCUGGGGUCGCGCAGCAGGUGGUCCGGGAGAAGAUCCUGAGGAGGCUAGGAGCAUGAGCGCGGCCCGCGGCCCGCGGCGUAAUGAUAAAGAGAAAACCCUGUAUAUCUUUGUACCAUAUUUGGGGGAAAUAGAGAGGCUGGCCCGGUUUUCUUGAUUGCAGUUCCGUGGUGACAUUGAUGCCGAAGGGGGGGAGAACGGAAUCAGUGCAUCUGGG